AUGAUAAAAUUAUGGAUGCUCUUAGUUUUGAUUUGUUUUGGUUCAUGUUAAGAUAUCUUAACAUCAAUUAAAAAUUAUGCAGAUGGAAUAGUUUAAUCUAAUGUCACUUAAAAAAUACUUAUAGAUUUUGCUCCAUUAUUAUUGCCUUUUUCAAUAUUAUCUAUAAUAUUAAUAUAAUUGAUGAAGGUUUGCUUCAGAAGAUAAAAAUUUUAUGAUAAACUGCCUCAAACUGAAUAAUAAGCAAAUAAUAAAAAAGUUAAAUUACCAAUAAAACACAGAAUAUAAUUGUACUUUAUGAGAUAUUAUUGUUAAAUUUUGAGAUUAUUUACACAUUGA